AUGUCGAGCCCAGAAGAGCACCUGCCGCUCUACGCAGUGGCCGCUCUCGUGCUGUACCUAUCGCUCCGUCUGUUCCUGCCCCAGGUAGACCGCACACUCGCCAAGCUUUGGCCUUCGCUCGUCGUCCUCUUUGCCUACUACCGCUACAGUCUCGCCCUAACCGCGCCCGCGUCUUCGUGGUUGCUUCAGUCCUGGACCGCGGCCCAGCGCCACGCGCCUGUCGCUGAAGCCGUGUGCAGCGACUCGCUCCUCUUCAUCUUGCUGGUGUCUGUCCUUUCUGAGGUCAUGGACACGGCACGCCGCGUCCGCUACGUGUCUCGCAAACACUUGCUCAAUGUCGUGGGUGGAUUCGUACUUAGUGCGAUGAAACAGCUCCCGUUCGUGUCGACGAAAGUGGCGCGCGAGAUGAAAAAGUUUGAAGACGACGUCGAGCGAUUGGUCAAAAAGAACGAUCGACUGGCCAAUAAGAUGGCGAAGCUCUAUGCUUUGCCACAAAAGGGGAUGGACGACGCCAAAUUGCUGACGCUCAUGACGGAGCUGGCUGGCAAUGAUGACGACAAGUGGCGAGACGGACUUGUGUCGGGUGCUGUUUAUCACGGCGAGAAGGAGCACUUGGACGUGCUGAAUCAAGCCUACGCGCUUUUUGCCGUGUCCAACCCAUUGCAUGGCGAUUUGUGGCCAGCUGUGACCAAGUUUGAGGCGGAGGUGAUUGCCAUGACUGCAGGACUGAUGAACGGCGGCCACGGGGACGUGUGUGGCUCGUUGAGCUCGGGUGGCACGGAGAGCAUCUUUCUUGCGACCAAGACUCAUCGCGAAUGGUACCGCCAUAAACACGGGAUUACGAAGCCGGAGAUCAUUGCUUGCGUGACUGCUCAUGCGGCAAUUGACAAGGCGUGUGAGAUCUUGGGCAUCAAGCUGAUCAACGUGCCGAUGGACCCCCAGACGCUCAAGAUGGACGUCAAUGCAGUGCGCUGGAGCAUGUCGGCCAACACAAUUUUGCUGUAUAGCAGUGCACCCAAUUUCCCGCAUGGAAUCAUCGAUGAUAUUGAAGCACUGUCGAAACUUGCUGUUCAGCACGACGUUGGGCUUCACGUGGACUGUUGUCUUGGUGGGUUCGUGCUACCCUUUGCUCGUCAACUGCGGCAGGAUAUUCCUGAGUUCGACUUUUCGCUGCCGGGCGUUACUAGCAUGUCGUGCGACACCCACAAGUAUGGCUACGGCUCGAAAGGAACGUCAGUUGUGCUUUACAAGAACGCAGACAUUCGUCGAUUCCAAUACUUUGCCUACCCAGACUGGACGGGUGGACUUUACGCAACGCCGACUCUUGCAGGCAGCCGUUCUGGAGCACUGAGUGCUACAGCUUGGGCUGCGAUGCUGCGUCUUGGACAUGAAGGUUAUAUGGAAAAGACGAAGGGCAUUUUGGACACGGUUGACGAGAUUAAGGCGGGCAUUCAGCGUAUUGAUGGCAUUCACCUUCUUGGCGACCCGAAGGCGAUGGUGGUGUGUUUUGCUGGUGACACUGGUGUCAGUGCGCUCAAGGUCAGUGACGCUAUGGCCAAGCACGGGUGGAGUCUCAAUCCGCUGCAGCAUCCGACAUCAGUGCACUUGUGCGUUACCGUUCGCCAAAUUGGUAAGGCGAAGAAGUUCUUGGACGCGCUUGAAGAAGCCGUGAUUGAAGUGAAGAAGGACCCCAAUCCAUCUCCAGAGGGCGGCAGUGCUAUCUACGGCAUGGCUUCGAGCUUGCCAGCUGGGCCAGUGGACGAUCUCCUACGCAUUUACACGGAUAUUACCCUCAAAGUCUAA